UCAGUCGUGUCGUCAUUGAAUGUAAACUAAAAAAACUCUCUUCUUACUCUUCAUACUCAUACUCGUACUCACUACGAUCUACUAUACAUCCACUAUUACAAAAGUAAAAGAGUAAAAAGUAACGAGUAACGAGUGUUGACUUAAAUAAAAAUGGUGGUACAAAUACGAGUAUAGUGUCUCAUACUCCAUACAUACCCAUAUACAUACUCAUAUAUACAUAUAUAUACAUAUAUACAAUAUCUCAAGACGUGGUGUUGCCGUAUCUGACGAGCCCGAUACAUAGGGGCUGGUGAUACAUCUGCGCCAGGCGUGGUCACUUAUUCACGACUCACGACACCACCAACGUAUACCUCUACUACUAAAGUUAAGACCAAAGAGAUAUACUUGUAUAUUUAUAUAUACGUAUACUAUAAGCCGAGUCAUAGCUGUAGUCCGUAGCCAGUACUCAGUACUCACACAUAGACAAGAACGUUGGAGAUCCAAGAACUCAUUGUAAUUUGUGCAAGGAAACCAUCAACAUAUCAAGUAAACCCAAGCAACCAUCGAGAGCGUCAUCGUCCUCGUUGUCUAGUCACUUUGACGUUAUUCGUCAGUGGGAAUUGAAGACUUGCAUAGGAAUAGGACUAAAAAAAAAAAGCGUAUAUAUAUUAAUUAAAAACACGUAGAGUACAAUUACCACGUGAAUUUAAAAAUGUCGACGGAAAACCAUAACGGGAGUACACCCCACGCAAAUGGAAGUGUUAAAACAGCAAUCGGGAAUAGUUUAUCAAGUGUAACAGCAGCACAGGCAUCAAUCACACAACCCAGGACACUGUCAUCAUCAACAACCAACAAUACAUCAUUUUUAUACAGCAACAACUCGACACUAAAUAGAGAAAAAUCUCGACAAGCACCACCGACGUUACCCAAAUAUACGUCGAGUUUCAAUGCGGGCACCAAUGGAAAUGCUGAUCGUCUUACUCGGGACCGCGAAACUGGAAGCAGCUAUAGAUUGGCUAGUCUAGACCGUCUUGCUGUUAGACAACGUAUUCUAGAUGGAGAAAAAGCCAACGGGGAUAUUGCUAAUUCGAUGCAAACAAAGCGCGAGUUGUUUUUUAAAGGCGAGAGUGGAUUGACGACGUCGCCGUCCGUACCGUCUGUUCCGCCUCCACAGCCACCAAGCGCAAUGUCGACCACAUCAACUGGAGCAACAAUAACAUCGUCAACAACAACCGGAGCGGCAACAAUAAUAACCGCGACAACAACAAUGACAACGUCUGUGCCAUCCUCAACAGUACCGCCAGUGGCGUCUGUCAAGCCACGAUUGCCCUCUAAUAUUAGUGUCGACCAAGAAGACAGCAACAAACGUGACAAUCGUGACAGUAAUAAAGAGUCUGCCCUACAAAUUCAUUUACGUCCAGCUGCUCUACCAUCGAAACCACGUGAACCAGAUGGUUAUGUUGGAUUUGCUAAUCUGCCUAAUCAAGUUUAUCGCAAAGCCGUAAAAAAGGGAUUUGAAUUUACUCUUAUGGUUGUCGGCGAGUCUGGAUUGGGUAAAUCAACCCUCAUAAACUCACUUUUUCUUACGGAUGUUUAUAGUGCUGAAUAUCCAGGUCCUAGUCUACGGGUUAAAAAAACAGUCGCUGUUGAAACAAGCAAAGUUUUAUUAAACGAAAACGGAGUUAAUUUAACGCUAACUGUUGUCGAUACUCCGGGUUUUGGUGACGCUGUUGACAAUAGUAAUUGUUGGGUUCCAGUAAUAGAAUAUAUCGAAAGUAAGUACGAGGAGUUUUUAAAUGCAGAGUCACGUGUUGUGAGAAAACAAAUACCCGACAGUCGUGUGCACUGCUGUCUUUACUUUGUCGCGCCAUCGGGUCACGGAUUAAAACCGUUGGAUGUUGAAUUCAUGCAACGGCUACAUGACAAAGUAAACAUUAUUCCAAUCAUCGCGAAAGCUGAUACAAUGACUCCUGAAGAGUGCGGACAAUUUAAGAAACAAAUCUUAAAUGAAAUAGCCCAGCAUAAAAUAAAAAUUUACGAGUUCCCUGAGCUUGAAGAAGAGGAAGAAAAUAAAUUCCACAAGCUUUUGAGGGACAGAGUGCCAUUUGCUGUUGUAGGUGCGAAUACUGUAAUUGAAGUUGAUGGUAAAAAAGUACGGGGGCGUAAAUAUCCAUGGGGUGUUGCCGAAGUUGAAAAUCUCGAACAUUGUGAUUUCAUUGCUCUUCGUAACAUGGUCAUCAGGACGCACUUGCAAGAUCUCAAGGACGUUACAAAUAACGUUCACUAUGAAAACUUCCGUUGCCGCACCCUAGCUGGUGUCGGAGUCGACGGCAAACCGACAAGGAUUUCUAAUAAGAAUCCAUUAGCACAAUUAGAAGAAGAGAAAAGAGAGCACGAUGCGAAAAUGAAGAAAAUGGAAUCGGAAAUGGAGCAAGUGUUUGAGAUGAAAGUUAAAGAAAAAAAACAAAAGCUCAGAGAUUCUGAGGCUGAUUUGCAAAGAAGACACGAACAAAUGCGACGAUCUCUAGAACAACAACUACGUGAAUUAGAAGACAAAAGACGCGCCUUUGAAGCAGAGAGACAAGUCUGGGAGCAACAAACUGGACAAAGUAUCGAAGAAUUACGGAGACGAAGUUUGGAUGCCAAUUCUAAAGAGACUGUCGAUGGCAAGGACAAAAAAAGCAAGAAAAAAGGACUCUUCUAAAGUUAACCUACCCCACCAAAAAUAAUAAAAAUUUAUUAAUAAACAAUAAAGAAAAAAAAUUAAUUAAAGACUUCCGCUUAAAAGUCACUAGCAGCAAUCACAAAUCGGUCUCUCUAGCCAGUAAAUAUUUAAAAUUUUAUUUUAUUGAUUACAUAUUAUUGUCGAAUAAUAACUAAACAAUAUAAGAAAAAAUACUUUGAUAAAACUUGGAUAAACUUUUUUAUAAAAACAAAAAAUAAUAAUUAAUUGUAGCUUUAUUUUGAAAGCUAGAUUUUGUACGACUUUUUUUUUUAGUAUUUAUUUUUUCAUUAAUCAGUAUCAUGUGUAAUCUAUUUAUGAGUAUUUACUAGAUUGUGUGAAUUAUUAUAAAUUAUAAUUAAUUUAAUAAUUUAGUUAUUUAAUUAUUGACUAGAGUAUCAAUUAAAUAGAAUUGAGCCAUCCAAAUAAAAUAGGAUUGUCCAGUUAAAUGCUUGUGCAUUUAACCGAAAUAUUUUUUUCCCGCACAAUAUAUUUAUUUUUAAAUAAAUAAAAAUUAUAAAUAUUUGAAUAAAUCAUGAAUUUAAAAAUACAGUAAAAAAUCAGUUGAACUGAAACAAUUAUUAUUAUUAGUAAUUAAUAAUUAAUAAAUUUAAUUAGUACAUACAUAUAUAUAUAUAUAUAUAUAUAUAAAUGAAUAAUGUGUGACAUCUUUGUAAGAAAUAAGAUUUUUUUUAUUGUAUAACUCACUAGCUAUUUAUUUUCUAUUAAUUUUUAUAUCGAUCCAUUAAUUAAAAUUACGUAAUAAUUAUUUAAGUAUUGUAAGCAUUAGCAUUCAUACGUUACAUUAAAUAAAAAUAUUUUGAAAUCAUUUGUAAGCCUUUAGUACAAUAUGCUCAAGCAUUAGCAUUCGAAAAAAAAAUAUCAUUGUUAUUAAUUUAAUAAAUAAAUAUAAUAAUGCAUUGUACAUUACUGCCAUUGCAUUAAAUUUGUUUUAUUAAAAUUACUAGUUAGAUAAUUGAAAUUAUAAAUAAAGUAAAAGUCCCAAUUAUUGACAUCGAUUUUUUUCGUUAAUUAUUAAUUAAUAAUUUUAUAAGAGUGAAUGCAGCAGACAUACAAAUUUAAAACUACGCAGUAAAAAACGGAUCGUCAAAGUGUAAAAAAAAGCGUGUAUUAAAAUUUUGUGUUGAAUUUUUAACACUUUGGGUGUCAAUUUAACACACAGUAUUUAUCUUGUUUGAACUGUUGCAAUCGAUCGAUUUUUUAACACACUAAAAUGUUAUUUUAUACGAAAGUAAUACUUUUUAUAUGUUGAUGUCAAAUUAACACAUGAAAUAUGUUAAGAAUAAUAUCACAAAAAAAUUCUUGAAAAAUUUUGUACUUUUAACGACUACGAGUGUAACUCUCAACACUCGACAUGUUAAAAUAACAUAUAAAUAAGUGUAUGUUUGUUUUUCACACGAUAUGUGUUAAUUUUGAUAAUACUGAAGUUAGCUGACAUAAUAAUUUUUGAAUUUAUUUUAGAAACGAUAAAUCAUAGAAAAAAAUUUUUUUCAAAAAAUUGCACCUUUAGUUUUUUAAAUUUUCUACAAGUGCAUAUUUUUAGUUUUUUUAUAUUUUUGUAAAUUAUUUGUUAGAAAAAUUCGAAAAAUUUUAAUUGUCUUCUAACUGCAGGAUUAUUUAAUUUUGACGAAUCCUUUUUUA